AUGCUGGAUCAGUACCUCGUGUCCGGAUCUUCCAAAGCAUACUACAUACCCGACUUCAUUUCGCAAGACGAGGAAGAGUAUCUCCUCCGUAAGAUUACAGAGACUCCGAGGCAGAAAUGGAAAGCCUUGGCCACUAGAAGUGCUUCUCCUUUUGGUCCGUCUAAAUCGGUGGUUCGUACAGGAGGCGAAAUAAUGCAGAAGGGCACGCUGGUCCCCCAGGCGAUGCCUCCCUUCUUGACCACAUACCCCGAUCUCAUGGGCCGACUGAGUGGCACGUCCGCGUUCGCGUCUUCUCCCCACCAACGUCCCAAUCACGUCAUCAUGAACGAGUAUCUCCCAGGCCAGGGCAUCAUGCCACACGAAGACGGACCCUCGUACCACCCCGUCGUCGCGACCAUAUCGUUGGGGUCUCACGCGGUGUUUCACUACUACAGCUAUCGGAACGACGGGGUCGAUCACGGCGCGCUCAAUGCAAGUUCAAGCCCAAGUACGCGCGCCCACGACGCCAGCCGAGGGCGCUCCGUCAACGACGUGCCUGUCCUCUCGGUGUUCCUCGAGCCGCGGAGCGCCAUCAUCACCACGGAUGCGCUCUACACCGCGCACCUACAUGGUAUUGACGACGUGCACCGCGAUACGUUCGUAGGCGCCGGGCGUCUGCGCCUGCCGCGGUCCGAGGGCGACUUUAAAGGUGAUAUUGAUGAAGUGCAGAUCGCGAAUUGGCGGGCGGUCAAGGACGGGGAGAGCGCGCGGGUGCUCGAGGGGGGCGGCGAGCUGGAGAGGGGCACGCGGUAUAGUCUGACGUGCCGCGAUGUGCCGAAGGUGGCGGCCGGCGAUGCGUUUAGGCUUCUCGGGAGGCGGUGAGUGCCGCCUCGGCGGGUGUUUGGAAGGGUGUUACGGCAUUGGCGGGCGCGGACGUUGAUUCGGGCUGCAGCUAGCGAGGCUAGCUAGCCUAAGGUUAAACCUAGUUUACUUAACGUUGACGUGCGGCGCUUUACAGAUGAUCGCCGUUUAGACGCGCAAGAAUCAC